AUGGCCGGUACUAGGGCUGGGGUUUGGCAUCCUCUGCCAGCGAGCGCAUGCUCCGAUAUCCCCAUACUUUUGGUUUCCAUGGACUUGGGCUCCUCUUCCUACGUUGUUCGCCUUAGUGACAUGGCAAACAUUUGGGAAGAGAGCCUCGAGCGUAAGGGCAUCUGCAUGAGAGGCUGGAGCGAGAACAUCAGCAUCGAUCCAAGUGAUACCGCAGAGAAUAUGGCAACUUUUCUGUCAUGUUUGAGAUCGGCAUUGGAUCCCGACUACAAGGGACACCACACCACGGACCUGACCAUAUCUCCAGCAAAUCCGACGGAUGCCGGAGAGGACGGCUUGACUAUUAAAGUUACCUGCCGACUUCCUGGGUUUGAGCCUUUCAGAUGGCCGAUGCACUUGUCAAAACAACCACCAUCUACCAUUGGCACAGCUUUGGUUUUGCCGUUAAUUCAAGCAUAUUCGAAUAAAAUGCAGCAAGUCGGGUCACUCAUUCACGUUAUAAAACAAAAGGAUGCAGUUUUGACCAAGCUGAUGGACAAAAUCGAAGCGAUGGGUACUGGACUGGAGCAUGUAUUUACAGGCCUCUCUGGUCGGAAGAAGGUCACACGUGCCACGGCUGAGGAGCGGAUCAGGGGACUAGCUCCGUUUAACCAAUCCGUCUGGCAGGACGAGCUCGAAACCGAAGAAAUGGGCCCAAGAAAUGUCAGUGAUCUAAUAAAGAGCGCGUUCACGGAUGCAUCCAACACGUCAUAUCCCGGGUUGGAAGUGGACAAGUCCCCAGAGUUGGAUAGAUGGUGGAAGGAUUUUCGGUCAACAAGCCUAAGGACCCAACAGAAACAGUCGGAGUUGCCAGUCUCGAAGGAAACGCUCUACCCAACCGAGAAAGAUGCUGCGGGCCUCGAAGGCGAUGACGAGUUUCAAGUUCAAUCCACACCACCGCGUCUCAAAUCUACCACUCACGGCGCCCCGAAAAAGACUGAUGUAGCUACGGUCGACACCCCCACAGACGACGAAGAGGACUGUGUCAUGCCUAGUAAGAACGCAGAACCUGCCUUGUCCGACCGGCAGCGCCAGUCUGAAACUACAACUCGCAGUUCACAGUUUGAUGUCAUUGGGGGGAAGCAAAAACUGGUGUCACCUCUGUCUCCGUCACUCCCCUUGAGAAGUAAUACAGCAGAGCGGCCAGUGGAUGAUAUCGAAACAGCCUCAGAAGCAUCAGAUGAUAAUGACGAUGCAACUGCAGAAUUACCGGAAUCUUCCUCCGUACCGUCACCAAAGAGCCCUCCCGUGGCUUCAGGGUCAAAAAAAGGAGGCCUUGGCAGAAUCGGAGGAAGAGCCGUAAAUUCGCAGCCGCUUGGCAAGGAUGAGCCCGUGGCAAAGCCAUCAAACGCUGAUGCCACGAGUCACAAGAAGUUGGGCACGAUUGGUGGCAGAGUGUCCAAGUCUAUCAAUCUAGACCGUGACGACCGAGGGCGAGUAAUAACGAACAGCGACAAGUCAUCCGUGGAGCAGAGAUUAAGGGAGACCUCAGAAGAACGAGCAAAUCGGAAACGGGAGGAACUUAAGCGAGAACUGGAAAGGAAAGCAGCUGCUGGACCUGCAAAAAAGAAGAGGCGGUUUUGA